AUGGCAUACGGCUUGCCCGACUGGUUAACAGGCUCUUCGACGCCAGCACAAAAUAACCCAGCGACACAAAAGUCCCGCGAUGGUGGUCGAGUGGCGCCAGAUCGAAACUCCAGAGAAUUGUGCUACGAAAGCAGAGACAUUUUCUUCGAGUGUUUAGACAAACACGAUAUCCUCGAUGCGAUAAGAGAAGAUGAAAAGUCUAGGAAGUUAUGUCCAAGCGAGGUGGCGGACUAUGAAAGGGAUUGUGCAAGAAGCUGGAUAAAAUACUUCAAGGAGAAGCGUAUACAAGAUUGGAAACGAGACCAGACCAUCAAACAAAUACAGAAAGAAGAUGCUGAGGCUGCGCGCAAGGCGAAGGAGGGAAGAAGAUCGUUCUUCUCAUCGUAA